ACUUGCUAUUCGUCUUCCGCAUUUAUUUGAUCGACGACAAUAUUACAACAAAUCAGUGUGUUUGUUGCUUAUACAUUUACUCUUGUUGGAGGAAAUUCGUGCUUAACUUCAUAUAUUGGCUCGUACAGGUUUUAGUUAAUACCAAAUGGAUGCAGUACUUCUUGCGGUCUUUAUAGUGAAAGUUUUGAUCCUAUUCUCACUCGUCGGGUAUUCCCACUCCUCAAACUUCACAGAGAGUGUGACGAUAUUAACAAUUGCUGAAGGCAAAGCUUCAACAUUAAACUGCACACAGCAGGAAGGGCGUGUUCUUUGGAAAAUAAAUGGAAUGCCAUUAACAAAAUUAACAGAUGGUGUUAUGAAUUUUCAACUUGGACCAAAUUCAACAUUAAUGAUCAGGAAUCCAGUUCAUGGAGGAAAGUUUGGUCAGUUCAAUGUGACAUGCACAGAUAAUAUUACAAAUGCGACUUUCCAUGUUUAUCUUACUAAAGAACCAAGAUUAUUAUCAAAUAAUACACUGAUAUCGGUAAUUGAAAACACCGUAGUUCUACUGAACGUUGAUUGUUCGGCUGAAGGAUACCCAAAACCCAGUACAUGGUGGAAAAUUGGUAAAAAUGUCCUGACCAAAAUGAACGGUACUAUUAAGUCUCAGUCAUUAAAGCACCAUGAUGAUAACGUGGGAUUCUCGGGGACAUACCGUGUUCUAAGCAAUGGAAGUUUAAGUAUUCAUGGAUCGUUCAAGAAGGCUCCAUCUGGUCGGGAUUAUUACACUUGUAUUGCAAGAAAUACAAUCGGAAAUCGUAGCCAAAGCUAUUCUAUUGAAAUUGAAAAAUUGGAGACCUAUUCAUUCGAAACAAUAUUGCCGCCAGAACAGCUCGUUAAUUUGGGCAAAAGAGUGCGUGAUAAGGUGCGUUAAUAAUUACCAUUCUACUUGAAAUACAAUGCGUGCAGCGACCCCACACUAUUUCAAGCCAAAAAAGCAA